GCGCACGCGCACCACACGGGUAACGCGAGGAUUUGGCGCACGCGUACUCAGUCCGGGCUCUUUCCCCGUUCCGUCCAUUGAGGGUGGAAAGACUGGAUUGGGUGUAGCCUGCACUUGCGCAACACAUUCCACAGCCCCUCCCGGGAGAGGGCGUUUAGGCCAAGAGAGGCGUCUGCGCAGGCGCUUCUUCUCCAGGCCCCGCUCUCUACUCAAUCUCCACGCGGCGGAGGGGCGGAGCCUGGCCCUUCCGGGGAAGGGCGCAUGCGUGUCGUAAGGACGCAGCCGACGUGCGCGCCCGCGCGGGGCCGAGAGCGGAAGUGCCGGCCGACUGACUGGGCCGGGGAGUGGGCGGCGGCGGAUCGGGGCAGCUCGGGGUCGCGGCCAUGGCGUCGUUUGUGUCGGCGCCCCUGAAGAAGGCGGCCGAGGUGGACGUGGCGCGGCCGCUGACCAAGUUCAUCCAGCAGACUUACCCGGCGGGCAGCGAGGACGCGGCGCAGUUUGGCAAGGCUGCGGAGGAGCUGAGUCGCCUGCGCAAGGCCGCGCUGGGCCGACCACUGGACCGUCACGACGCGGCGCUGGACACGUUGCUGCGGUAUUAUGAUCAGAUUUGUUCCAUUGAGCCCAAAUUUCCAUUUUCUGAAAACCAGAUCUGCCUGACCUUUUCCUGGAAGGACGCUUUUGACAAAGGAUCGCUCUUCGGAGGGUCUGUAAAGCUGGCCCUUGCAAGUUUAGGAUAUGAGAAGACAUGUGUGUUGUUCAACUGUGCGGCAUUGGCCAGCCAGAUUGCCGCUGACCAGAACCUGGAGAACGACGAAGGCUUGAAAGCCGCGGCUAAGCAUUAUCAGUUUGCCAGCGGCGCCUUUCUGCACAUCAAGGAGACUGUCUUGUCCGCGUUGAAUCGAGAGCCUACCUCGGACAUAGCUCCGGACACCACCGGGACCCUGAGCCUCAUCAUGCUGGCCCAGGCCCAGGAAGUGUUCUUUCUCAAAGCCACAAGAGAUAAGAUGAAAGAUGGAAUCAUCGCCAAGCUGGCCAACCAGGCUGCUGACUACUAUGGAGACGCCUGCAAGCAGUGCCAGUACAAGGACACCCUCCCCAAGUCUCUCUCUCUCCAGGAGGUGUUCCCGGUGCUGGCCGCGAAGCACUCGGUGAUGCAGGCCCACGCGGAAUACCACCAGGCGGUGCUGGCCAAGCAGCAGAAGAAGUUUGGGGAGGAGAUCGCCAGGCUGCAGCACGCGGCCGAGCUGAUCAAAACCGUGGCGUCUAGGUAUGACGAGUACGUCAACGUGAAGGACUUCGCGGACAAGAUCAGCCGAGCCCUGGCGGCGGCCAAGAAAGACAACGACUUCAUUUACCACGAUCGGGUUCCCGACCUGAAGGAUCUCGAGCCGAUCGGCAAAGCCACGCUUGUGAAAGCUACCCCCGUCCACGGGCCUCUGAGUCCGAAAUUCACGGACCUGUUUGAGAAGAUGGUCCCGGUGGCUGUGCAGCAUUCUUUGGCCUGCUCCAAUCAGAGGAAAGCCGAGUUGGUGAACAGAUUAAUCGCCCAAAUGAGAGAAGCCACCAACUUGGCCAAUGGGGUCCUGGCGUCUCUCAAUCUGCCCGCGGCGAUCGAAGACAUCUCUGGAGAUACGGUUCCACAGUCCAUUUUGACCAAAUCUGCCUCGGUCAUCAAACAAGGGGGGAUCCAGACGGUUGACCAGUUGAUCCAAGAACUUCCUGAACUGUUGCAGAGAAACCGAGAAAUCCUGGAUGAGUCGUUAAGGCUGCUGACCGAAGAGGAAGCCACCGACAACGAGCUGAAGGCCAAGUUCAAGGAGCGCUGGCAGAGGACGCCGUCCAACGAGCUGUACAAGCCUCUGAGGGCGGAGGGGGCCAACUUCCAGGGGGUGCUGGACAAGGCCAUCCAGGCCGACGGCCAGGUCAGGGAGCGCUACCAUUCCCACCGCGACACCAUCGCCCUGCUCUGUAAGCCCGAGCCCGAGCUGAAUGCGGCCAUCCCCUCGGCCAACCCGGCCAGGACCCUGCAGGGCAGCGAGGUCGUGAACGUGCUCAAGUCCCUGCUGAGUGGCCUGGACGACGUGAAGGCGGAGCGCGAGCGCCUGGAGAGCGACCUCAAGGCCACCCCCUUCGACAUGAGAAGCAAGUUCCUGGCGGCGCUGGCGCAGGACGGCGCCAUCCACGAGGAAGCCCUUUGCGUCACCGAGCUGGACCGCGUCUACGGGGGCCUCACCGGCAAAGUGCAGGAGUCUCUGAAGAAGCAGGAAGAGCUGCUCAACCGCGUCCAGCUCUCCCACCAGGAGUUCUCCAAGAUGAAGCAGUCCAACAGCGAGGCGAGCCUUCGUGAGGAGGUCCUGAAGAACCUGGCCACGGCCUACGACAACUUCGUGGAGCUCGUGGACAAUCUGAAGGAGGGCACCAAGUUCUAUAACCAGCUGACCGAGAUCCUGGUGAAGUUCCAGAACAAGUGCAGCGACAUCGUGUUCGCCCGCAAGACUGAGAGGGACGAACUCCUCAAGGAUUUGCAGCAGAGCAUCGCCCGCGAGCCCAGCGCCCCGGCCCUCCCGGCGCCCGCCUACCAGUCCUCGGCCUCGGCUGGGGGCGCCCCUCCCACGCCGGCACCCAGGACCAUGCUGCCGGCUGCUAAGCCUCAGCCCCCAGCCCGCCCGCCGCCCCCGGUGAUUCCGGCCAGCCGCACAACGUCCGCCUCCGCUGUGUCCGGGGCCCCCGCCGCAGCCCCGUCGCCCACACCGGGAGUCCCCGCAUCCGGCUCGGCCCCUGGUGGGGGCCCGUCUCAGGCCCAGGGACCGCCGUACCCCACCUAUCCGGGAUACCCGGGGUACUGCCAGAUGCCGAUGCCUGUGGGCUACAACCCCUACAUGUACGGCCAGUACAGCCUGCCUUAUCCUCCCGUGUACCCGCCGAACCCGGGCCAGCCGCCCUACCCGGGGCCCCAGCAGCCGGCCUACCCGUUCCCCCAGGCUCCACAGCAGCCUCACUACCCGCAGCAGUAGCGCUCGCGGAGGCCGCUUGGCGCCAGGUUCGGGGACUCGCAAUAAGCCUCUCGCACUCGCUUCUCUAACGUACUGUACUUCCCGGCAGCCAUCCGGGGCUCCGAGGCCCGCCGGGACGCCCGCGCUUGGGGGCCGGCGGGGCGCUCCGUGGGGUUCGCCUCUGGUUUAGGUUUCGAUACGCUAUUUUGUGAAAGAAUCAGAGCCUGUCGAUCUUAGAGCCGAAAAUAAAUGACUUAACUGGGUUCUUA